AUGUCCGCCUCGCUCCCCGGUAACCGGGACCUGCCGGUGUCUCAGUAUGACUUGGGAACUUACUGGGGCCGCGUUCGCCACGCUGCAGACAUCUCCGACCCUCGGAUGAUUCUGACCUCGUCCGCCAAAUUGCAGCAGGCUAAGGACCUUAUCACCUUGUACAAACAGAACAAGAUACCCUCUAUGACCCCAGAGCUAUGGAAGGCAAAGAAAGUGGUCGAUUCGACGCUCCAUCCAGAUACGGGCGAGACUGUCUUCCUCCCCUUCCGCAUGUCAUGCUAUGUCCUCACAAACUUGGUUGUUACUGCGGGCAUGCUGACCCCGGGUCUCCAGACUACGGGCACUCUUCUCUGGCAAAUUGGCAACCAGUCUGUGAACGUCGCUAUCAACAAUGCCAAUUCCAAUAAAUCGACCCCAUUGUCCACCUCCCAGAUCGCCAAGUCCUACUUGAUGGCUGUCACAGCUUCUUGCUCCACAGCUCUUGGUCUCAACGCUCUCGUGCCUCGUCUGAAGGGCAUCUCCCCCAACACCCGCCUGGUCCUUUCUCGUCUUGUCCCAUUCGCCGCUGUCGCCAGUGCAAGUGCCCUCAAUGUCUUCCUCAUGCGUGGCGAGGAGAUCCGCCGCGGCAUCGACGUCUACCCCGUUCUGUCCGAGGAAGAGCGCGCCAAGCGCGACGGGCCUCCCGAGAGCCUGGCAAGACGCCAGGCCAUCAGUGCCAGCAGCCUGGAAGAGGAGUUCCAUGGGCGUGGUGGCCAAAGUGGACUGGUGGAAUUCAACCGUGGGAUGUAA